AUGGCUACAAUUGCAGAGAUCCGGCCGUUUGUGUCGAAGACAUUUGAGCCGGAAGAGGAAAUAGGCGAAGUCACAAUCUGCCACAAGCUACUUCCUCCGGCAGUUUCUCAGUUGAACGAGGUGAACGUCAUGCUCACCAUGGGUGGAGAUGAUCGAAGCUUGCUGGAUGAGACGGGCCACAACAAAUACCAUUGCAGACCAGUUUACGAUGCCAACGACAUUUGCCGCGGCUCCUGCACCUGCAAUUCACCGUCCCGGCUCGGUCUGGAAGCGGCUACGGCAGCCUUCGAGGCGAUGAAGAAGGACCCAUGUGGCCAUACAGCUUCUGGUCUAUUCUCAGACGUUCGAAGUCAAAUAGCUGAGUUGCUUCAUCUGCCAAAGAGUACUGGUGUAUUCCUGACACCUUCCGGAACAGAUGCGGAGUACUUGCCUCUGUGCUUCAUGAAAGCCUUGCAUGGGGAGGGGAAAACCGUGAACAACAUCGUCGCUUGCUUGGAAGAGGUUGGUUCUGGCACCUUCGAAGCUGCUGGUGGUUUCUCCUUUUCUUCGACGCAACCAAUACCACAGAGUGGGGGGAGCUCGAGCAAAUCAGCUACGAGUGCUACGAGCCUGCCUUUGCCAGGCCUGGCGCUGAAUGUGCGCACAGUCGGAAUUCCGGCUCGCAAUAAGGAUGGCUCCGUGGUCGACCUGGAGGCUGAACUUGACCGAUUGAAGAUGAAUGCCGCAAUGAAUGCCAAUGAUGAGACGCUCAUCUUGCACACAGUAUACGGUAGCAAAACCGGCAUCAUUCAGGAUUGCCCCAAGAAGGUGCUGGACCACAUCAAGCAGUGUCAGGGUCUGCAUGUUCUCGAUGCAUGCCAGGGUCGGAUAGAGGUGGAAGCUAUUCUCAAAUAUUUGGAGCAAGGGACGGUGGUGCUCUUCACUUGCAGCAAGUUCUACCGCAGUCCUCCAUUUGCUGGCGCUGUACUGGUGCCACCGGCCUUGAUGGUACAGUUGGCUCAGAGCAAUUUUGUGCCCCCCAGCUCUUUGAAGGGCUUUUUCACUCAGAGUCAAGUGCCUGAAAGCCUUCCUCGGUGGCGUGCUGCGUUGGCUAGCACCUCAGAGAAUCACGGCCUAGCCUUGCGCUGGGUGGCAGGUCUUGCAGAAAUGAAGGCCACUUUGAAAGUCGACGAGUUUGAGCGGCAAGAGGCUACUGCUUGCUGGAGGAAGGCCAUCAUUGAGGCUGUCAGCAAGCAUCCUCGGCUACGUCACUUCUCCGAGGCUGAAGGCUGCCACGGCUUCCAGGUCUCGCAAAGCAUUGUCUCUGUCACCUUGCACAAGAGUGACAAGAAUGGCACUAUCACCAAUAAUGCGAUGACGAAGAGUGAGCUUUCGAAAGUGUUUCAGGCCAUGACAGAGGACAUGUCCACAAUUUGCGACCACCCGGCAGCUGCAAAGCGCUGCUUCAUCGGGCAACCUGUUACGAUCAAUGCGUCACAAGGUGUCCUUCGCAUCGCGCUUGGCUCCGACAGUCUCCGUCGCUUCAUCGAGGAUCCCGCCUCCGUACUCAAGGACGACUGUUUACUCAUCGAAAAGAUGAGCAUGAUGGCAGAGGAGUUUCAUAGUCUCUGA